AUGAAGACCCUCCUGUCGCAUCUCGAACACACUUCCAACUAUGAGAUCAUCACUUUCCCGGAAAAGACGAUCCUCAAUGAGCCGAUAGAAUCCUGGCCCCGUGUACACUUCCUGAUCACCUUCCACUCCUCGGACUUUCCCCUCCACAAGGCCGUCGCCUACGUGCGUCUGCGCAACCCCUACGUCCUCAACUCGCCCAUGUACCAACAUCUCCUGCUGGAUCGCCGUGUCGUUCUUGCCAUCCUGGACUCGCUCAACAUCCCGACCGUACCCCGGAUCGCCAUCAAUCGGGCCGGCUCGCAGAGCAUCCCCAGUUACGACGCCGAUAUCGUCCAGGAAGUCCUCGAAAAGUUUGGCGUGGAUGUUUCAGUCUCAUCGUCGCUGUUCUCGCCCUCGACUUUGCCAAGCAAGGACGGCCCAAUCCUUGCCGACGGCAUGCUGACGCCGGAGCCCAUGUGUCGACCCUUUGUCGAAAAGCCCGUCAACUCGGAAGACCAUAACGUCCACGUCUACUUUAAAAACAACCAGGGCGUCCAGAAGCUCUUCCGCAAGGUCAAGAACCGCUCGAGCGCUCACUCGGAAAACUGCAGCAUCCGCACCGUAGGCUCGUAUGUCUAUGAGCAGUAUCUGUUUCCCGACAACGCCGUCGAUGUCAAGGUCUAUGCUGUUGGCGAGCACUACGUCCAUGCCGAAACCCGCAAAUCGCCCGUCAUUGACGGCGUCGUCGAGCGGACCCCGGAUGGCAAGGAGAAGCGCGUCGUCACAGCCCUGACCCCCGAGGAGACCGAGAUUGCCCGUCGCCUGACGCUGGCCUUUGAGCAAACGGUGUGUGGAUUCGAUCUCCUGCGCGUCAACGGCAAGUCGUACGUGAUCGACGUCAACGGCUGGUCGAUGGUCAAGGGCUCGGACGAAUAUGCCGCCAACUGGACCAAGGUCGUCGACCGCCUGUUCACCCAGGCCAUCGACAAGGGCCUGAUUCCGUCGCUGGUCCCGACGGACUCGGUGCGUGUGCCUGUUCCGCGGGCGCUGAGAGACGACGCCUCGAGCUCCUCCAACGGCGCGCGGUCCAGCCCCUUCUCGAUACCAAGGCCCCCUCUGCCGCAUCGCAAGAGCUUCAGCGCCAUCGCCCAGCCCCUGAUCAACGUCUUCAACAAGCCCAUGGAGCUCCUCGGCCGCCGCCACAGCUGUGACUCGGCCCUCGUGGUGCCCUUUCAAAACGGCCCCGAGCCCAAGCCUAGCAACCCGCCGCUGCUGCCCAGGCGGCGGUCGAUCAUCCCGCGCCCGCCUUACUUCAACAGAAAGCGUCAAAAGACGACGCCUCCAUUUUUUUGA